CCCCACCUGCACAUCAUCGAGCACCCACGCCUCACCAGAACCACACCACGACCACGACCACGCACGCACACCAACUCAAUCCGCACGACAAAAACCUACCACGCACGUCGAGUGAUGAAGCAGCCGCCGCUCCCGGCGCACUACUAAACACAGCAUGUCGGUAUCGCGGCGCAAAUCGGGGGUGUACCCGAAGGGCGGUCCAAUCGUUGGGGCAGGCGGAGGGGGCAGCGGCAGCAUGCGGCCUCCACCCGCGCCGUUCUCGUUACGAGCGAUGACGCCGGCGGCAGCACCCCAAACACAAGCUCCAACGCAAACACAAGCACCACCGCCAUCAUCGAUUGCGGUGAUCGUACAGAACUACAGCAAGGCGGGCGGGGGCGGCGGGGCGGGCGGCGGAACGGGCGGGCUGCCGAACCGGGAUGCGUUCCAGCAGCUGCUGGCGGAGAUACUGGGGCCUGACGAGGGUGGCGCGGGCGGCCACGAGGAGGACGUUGCUACCAACUAUAAGGUCCUCCAGGUUGUUACUAGUGCCGGCCUCACGGUCCUGCUGGCGCAGGAUGAGGAUCCGUUUGCGGAUUCCAGCGAGACGCUGAGGCAGGCAGGGAAUAGUCUGCUCGUCAUCAGGCUUACCAUACAGAGGACUCCUGCCGUGCUGUUUUACUCGCCGCCUGUGGUAUCCGCGGAGAAUGCACAGCCAGAUCAGCUGUUCCUAUAUCUCUGGCUGUUUCCGAGGCUGUUUCCGCUGCUGGGACAUUACAAGGCUAGGCCGCUGGCGAAGGAUCUGGUCGAGACGCUGGAGGCGAUACUGUUUGCGGUCGGAUCCUUGCCGCAGCAUUGGAAACAUCUUAGGACCGUUGCGGGGUACUUCCGCGGCUGCUUAAAUUGUAUUGCCUCGUCGUUCCAAAGCCCCACGACGGUGAAGGACACUCUCGCGGGAAUCUACGCGCUUGAGCUCCCGCCGUCUGACUUCAGCAUGGACGGGUCGAUCCGCAAGAACCUGCCCAAAUUUGAUCCGCGCACGAUACGCUUCAGUCUGUCGGACACGGAGAGCGCGGCGCUGGUGGCAGUAAACAUCUUUAUCAUCUUGGCACGGAUUGUCGCCGCCGAAAGGAGGACGAGGCAUCUUCCCGGCAUCAGAAGCAUCGCGGAUCAUUUCACUGCUGCGCAGCAGGGCCUGGCAAAGAUUUGGGGCGUCAUGAUGGCCUCGUGGGAGUCGUUGCCGGUCAUGCGUGAGAAGGCGGAGGGGACGUGUACUGAGAUAUUAAGGGCGGUGGCUACGGCGUUGGAUCUACUAGCGGUGGAAGCGGGGGCGCAGACGCAGGGGAAGCUGGAUGGACUGUACAUGUUUGCCGUCUGCUGCGUCGUGGAUACGCUCAAGCGCCCCGUUGAGCAGAUGAGCCAGAUCGCGGAACAGGCGGUCGCUGGGAUUGUGCUGAGCUUGGUGGCGGUGGCUUCGGCGGACGGCGAGUCGCCGCUCGUCCAGGAGCUGCUCAACGAUCGCGUUUUCUCGCCGGCGCUGGCGAUGGUCUCGGAUGAAGGGACCUGGAAGCUGCUGAGGCAUGAUAUGCAGGUCGUCCUGUUAAGGCUCAUACUCGACAUCACGCAGGAGCGCACAGUGGUCACCAAGGCGAGGGAAGCGCUGAAUGCUACCACCGGCGGAGAAUGGAAAUGCAAGGACGCCGCGCUGGACAAGAAAUUGAGAGCGGUUCCACUACCGGUGCAAGAAGAGGUGGCAGUCGACGACGGUUACGGUCCUAGGAAGCGUCGGAGGCUCGUCCAGGAUGAGAUAUCUACUCCAGAGGAAUUGACGAAGUCGCUCGUACGUAAGGUGUAUUCCCUGCUUCAGGAUGGAAACAGAGAAGCCGCCGGCGAUCUCACCGGCCUCAAGAGCGCCACCGUGGAUGGCUUCGGUAAAACAUCCGAAAGUGAUCGCUGCACAACCGUUCACACCAUGGGACUCGUUGCAUGUGCGUCCGCCGGUGAUCUGGAGCGGACCGGAGCAGAGGGGGAGUACGUGUACAGAUGUGGCUUCUGUGACUCCGAUGCGCCAUAUCCCCGCCGGAAACGUGGCUUCGUGAGUGAAGCUGUGGCCCAGCUCCUGGAUGCUCUCGAAGCUAUCCACAAGAUGGAGAAAUUCGCGGAGUCCCCAGAGAUCAGGGCGUGGGGUGUUGAGACCGUCAGACGCAUGAUGAAUCAUACGCAGGAAGCGGCGCAUCUGAAUAUGGAAAUCUCCGUUAUGGGCGAGUGGUGUAUGGGACUGCUGCAAAGCGGGAGGAGGGAGCUGAGGAUUGCUGCUGGUCGGGCGUUGCCGUCGUUCUUGAACUUCUCGCACGACGCCGAUCUACUGUCGAAGAAUAAGACCAUCAUUUUGGAGGGACUCACAAUCCUGUCGACUGCCAAUGAUGGGCUUACGCCGGAAACAACAGUGCUUGCGUGGGGCCAGGUUGGAAGGGUGUCUGUGAAUCAGGAAUUGAAUAUGGUGCUUCUACGACUGAUUGAGUACCUGGGAUAUCCAAAUGACCUGGUGAUCGGUGCGGCACUGAAUGAGCUCGAUGCAUUGGUUCAAGCCCACGAGACCCAGCCACGGAGAUUGGUCACGCCUUUCUGGCGCACCGUCAGCGUAAUCGCAGUCAAGCAGCUCCAAACCAAGCCGCAGAUCGUGCAAACACUGAUCCAAUUCAUCUCGAUGGACCUGAACGAGUUCCUGACACACACGCAAGCCUACACACUGCCGUAUCUGGUCGUCCAGGGGGAAACCGAUGUCAUCCAAAAGAUUGCACAAGCGUCCGGGAAGGAUCGUAGCGUGCAGGUUACUUGCUACGAUAACAUUGCGUCGAUCUUGCCGGUAUUGCUUGUACAGGACGUCACCAACGUCGAGAAACAUGCUAUGCAGCAGCUCGAGGCUAUCUCGUCGGAGUUUAAGACAUCGAGUCUGGCGGAGCUGGUUAGGCCGGAUUCGUUGAUGAUUGCUGCUGAGCUUUUAAAGAUGGCCGGGGAAUGCCCGCUGGUAGAACAGGAGCAGAAGGAGAGAAUUCACAAAGCUCUCAAAAUCGUCUUCAAGUUGUCGUAUAGGCCGGAAGUUCAUACACCGGCAACCUCCAGCCGCAAGAUGAAACCACCGCCAAAUAUCGACUAUCUAGUGGACUUCUUUGAGACGCAUGUUCUUGGACUCUGCACGCUGUUCAGCGACACGUUGAAGAAUGCACAAGGAAAAUCCACCGACAUGGAGAAGAUCCGAUGUCUGAAGGCAAUCCAGGAGAUGCUCAAUCUCGCUUCCGGAUCGGUGACGAGUGCACUACCGCAGAUCUGUGCAUGCUGCCAGUCGGCGCUGGAGUCCGACGCUCUCCGCACGACCGCACUGAGGACUUGGUCGAUAAUGGUGGUGCACCUUGACGACGAGGACUUAGUCCCGCUGCUUUCGCAGACGUUUUCCAUCCUCUUGCGGUAUUGGUCGCUGUUUGAUGAUGAGGCAUGCGAAAUUGCCCGGAAUAUGAUUGCUCAGAUGUUUCAAGCUCGUGCUCCGGUGCUGGAGGAGUCGGUGGCGUUGAUACCUUCGUUCGCUUCAAUCCCCCUCCUGAGGAAGUUUGAAACCCGUUUGAAGAAAUGGCGUGAGGGUGUCCAGCCACAGAAGCGGCUACAUCAGCUUGCUCUCCGCUGCGGACACGAGAAUGUCAUCGUCGUGGAGUACGCGCUCGUCGAACUCAGGGACUGCAUCAAGGAGAAUCAGACUUUCAUUCACACCUCUGGAGGGAACCAGCAACCGGAUUCCGUGGUGACUGAGAUGAUACGGAGCCUCCUGGAUGUCAUCGUCACCUUCAAAGAUCCAGACCUACCGGCCAGGCCUCGAAUCGAACGGCUAUGUACGGAGUGUCUUGGCUUGAUUGGCGCCGUCAAUCCGAACAUUGUCGAGUCGAGCCGAGUCAAGGAGGAGAUGACGGUGCUUCACAAUUUCACGCGAGCGGACGAGAGCGCGGCAUUUGCCAUGUUCUUCCUCGAGAAGAUCGUGGUGAAGCAGUUUCUCUCGUCGCAGGAUACGAAAUCGCAAGGCUUCCUGGCGUGGUGCGCUCAGCAGCUGCUGGAAUUCUGCCAGGCCACGAAUCAGAUAAAUCCUGUUCCGCGGAAGUCGCAGUCCACAAUCAAAUCGUCUGCGCAGAAACGAUGGGAUAACCUUCCGCCUGCGGCGCGAGAGACGCUGACGCCGUUCCUGAAGUCGAAGUAUUCAUUGAGCGGAGGGGUCCAGCGCGCGCCGUUCACUUACCCGCUGUUUAAGCCGGGCAUAACGUUCAGGGAAUGGCUGAUGACCAUCAUAACGGAGCUCCUGUGCAAUGCCUCGGGGACAAAUGCUAAACAGAUCUUCGAUGCGUGCGUAAGGAUCUGCCGCGGGCAGGAUAUUUCCAUCUCGAAGUUUCUGUUUCCUGUCGCCGUGCUGCAUACGGCAAUCGCGGGCUCGGACGCGGAUAGGCAAAACAUCACGCAGGAGUUCCUCGCGGUGUUGAGGCAUAGGUGCGGGCCCUAUGAUACUACCAAGAUGAAGGAUACGCUGCGGCAGUGCAUCGAGGUCAUCUUCUCGGCGAUCGACCAUAUGACCAAGUGGCUUCGUGACAAGCGGCAGGACGACCUGAUCUCCAAGACGGCGGCUGCGAAACAGCAGAAUAGACACUACUCCCUGGAAGAUGAUUCUGAGCUGAAUCCUGCCAUCCGCCGUGUCCGCAGCAUCCUGGAUGCCAUACCUCCUGAGCUGAUGGGAAGACGGUCACUCGAGUUCAAAUCUUACGCCCGAUCUCUCCUCUACUGGGAGCAGCACAUCAGAGCUAAGAGGAACGAACUGCGGGAGGAUGAGAUGGAACCGCUGUAUGUCCAACUACAACGCAUAUACACGCACAUCGACGAGCCAGACGGGAUGGCGGGGAUCUCGGCGAAGCUGCCCACGUUGGACAUCGACCAGCAGAUCCUGGAGCAUCGCAAGGCUGGGAAGUGGACGGCGGUACAGAGCUGGUAUGAGCUGCUUUUGGCUGAGAGGCCCGGCGAUGUCAAAGUUCAGGCGGACCUCAUCAGUUCUCUGCGGGACUCGGGGCAAUACGAUGCGCUGCUCCAUCAGGUCGAUGGGAUGAUGGCGACUUCGGCGCAGGCGCAUACGAGAUUGCUUCCGUUCGCGGUUGAAGCCUCGUGGGUAACGGGGAACUGGACCGCGCUGGAUAAGUAUUUGUCGAAAUCCAACGAGCAUACGAACGGCACGUACGAUAUCCGCAUGGGUUACGCACUUUCGGAGCUCCGCAAGCAGAACAUGGAGGCGUUCGUCGAGUGGGUCAACAGCGCUCGAGAAACGGUUGCCACCACGAUGACGGAGUCGGCCACGGGAAGUAUCCGGCAGUCCCACCACUUCCUCGUUCAGCUACAUGCGCUCUCUGAGUUACAGAGCGUUAGUGAGGGUCUGCACCGGCCGGAGUUCGAUGCGGGCGCGUUUACACGGUCCCUCGAGAGUCGGCUGAAUCUCAUGGGCACAUACCCUGCGGAUAAACAGUACAUUCUGGCGGUGAGGAGGGCUGCACUGCAGCUCUCGGGAAAGAAUAUGACGGAUGAGAUCAUGUCGGCCUGGCUGAGCACUGCGAAGCUCGCGAGGAAAAAUGAUAAUACCCAGCAGGCGUAUAAUGCCGUACAUCAUGCUACGCUGCUGAAUCCGGCGCUGGCGACGAUAGAACAUGCAAAGCUCCUGUGGCAUGAGGGUCAACAUAAGAAUGCCAUACGCAAUCUCAAUGGUGCCAUCGCGAAGAAGAUCCUCGAGAUUGGAACCGAGGCACCACUGUCGCUCUCCAAAAGCAGUACUCGGGUGUCGACGAACUCGAAUCUCACGGUGACGACGGAGAGCCUCGAGGCGCAGCCGCAGCCGCAGCAGAAUCAGAGGGUGGCGAGGGCCAAGCUGCUGCUCGCGAGGUGGCUCGAGGCCAGUGGUCAGACACAUUCGACGGCGCUGCUCCAGAAGUAUACCGACGCUACUCUGUGGUUUCAACGGUGGGAGAAGGCACAUUAUUACCUAGGACGCCACUACAAUAAGCUGUACGAGGCCGAAAAAGCUCUUCCACCGCAGCGACAGUCGUCAACUUUCCUGAGCGGUUCGCACGCAGUGCAUAUCGUGCGGAAUUACAUGCGCGCACUCGCGUUUGGCGCGAGAUACAUCUUUCAGACCAUGCCGAGGUUGCUCACCGUCUGGAUGGAUCUCGGUGAUGAGGUCAAGAGGCCAUUGGAUGCGGUUUACGGGACCGAGAAGUACAGGGAGCACAUAGAAAGGUUGAGGGCGAAGCAGCUUAAGGAUCUGCACAAGGCGACCGAGCGGUAUCAUCAGACUAAGCUGGGAGCAUGGAUGUUCUUCACUGCGCUGCCGCAGCUCAUGUCGCGGAUCAUCCAUUCGCACGAGAGGGUGUACGCGCAGAUCCAGACCAUCAUUGUCAAAGUGGUCAUGACGUAUCCGCAGCAGUCGAUGUGGUCUCUAAUGGCCGUGAUGAAGUCGACGUCUAAGGAACGUUCGCAGCGCGGCCAGCGGGUGCUGACGCAGUUGAGGGAAUCGCUGCCGAAAGGAAAAAUCCCCGCUGGUACCAUAGAUACGAAGCUGCUCAUCAAUGAAGCGCGGAAACUGACGGAUCAACUCCUGGACCUCUGUAACAUGGAGCUCAGCAACCGUUUGGCUCAUCUCAGUCUGAAGAAGGAUUUCAAAUUCCGCCACGAAGUGGCGCCGUGCCAGUUGGUACUUCCUACACAGGCGGUGCUCACUGUCACCCUCCCCUCGCCCACUGAUACGAUCGAGAGCCACGGACACUAUGCGUUUGCGGCGAACCCUCCAACGAUCAAGAGGUUCUUCGAUGACGUUCACAUCAUGGCCUCGCUGCAGAAGCCACGCAAGAUCAGUAUAGAGGGCACAGAUGGGCGGGUGUAUUCCUUCCUCUGCAAGCCCAAGGACGACCUCCGCAAGGACGCACGACUGAUGGAGUUCAACAACAUGAUCAACCGGUUCUUCAAGCGCGACGCCGAGUCCAGUCGGCGGAACCUCUACAUCCGCACAUACUCCGUCACCCCGCUCAACGAAGAAUGCGGCGUGAUCGAGUGGGUGAGCAACGUUCAGACGCUGCGUGACAUCCUGCUGUUCUACUACAAACAAAAGAACAUCCACAUAAACUACACGACCGCUCGCAAACUCCUCGACGAAGCCACAGGCGACAUAAAGGAUCCCAAGACCAGAAAGCCCCACAUAUUCUCCAACACGGUCCUCCCCGCGUACCCGCCCAUCUUCCACGAAUGGUUCCUCGAGAUGUUCUCCGAGCCGGCCGCCUGGUUCGCCGCACGGCUGCGCUACACGCGCACGUCAGCGGUGAUGUCCAUGACCGGCACGGUGCUCGGUCUCGGCGACCGCCACGGCGAAAACAUCCUGUUCGACCAGCUCAGUGGGGACACUGUGCACGUGGACUUCAACUGCCUCUUCGACAAAGGGCUCGGCUUCGAGAAGCCAGAGCGCGUGCCGUUCCGGCUGACGCAAAACAUGGUGGACGCCUUUGGCGUCACCGGCUACGAGGGCGUGUUCCGCAAGGCCUGCGAGAGCGCAAUGAGACUCCUGAGACACAACGAGGAAACUAUGAUGACCGUCCUCGAGGCGUUCAUUCACGACCCUAGCGUAGACAUGGUAAAGCGUACGGGAAGCUCGAAGAAGGCGGCGAAGGCUCCGGAUCUCCUCCCGUCCCCCGAGACCCCGAAGGAGAUCCUCGAGAGCAUACAGGCAAAGCUUAGGGGGCUUUGGGAAUCGGAUACCGUGCCGCUGAGCGUCGAGGGCCACGUCGAGGUGCUGAUCAAGAAGGCGACGGACCCCGGGAAUCUAUGCGCGAUGUAUAUUGGGUGGUGUCCCAUGUUUUGAGCGGGAUGGGGAUGGGGAUGUGGAGUUUGGCGAAAUGCGGAGUGUUUUUUUAUGUGCAGUUCCAUGAUUUUCUCAGUUUAUGUGUCAGUUGCAACUUUCCAGGUAUCUGUAUAUUUUCGACGAUGAGAAGAUUGUUACGAUGGGCGGUCGGACUGGAUUGAGUCUGUGGCGGAGUGGUGGUGGUGGUUGGCAAGGUGUAGAGUAAAAAGGCGGUACCCAACUGCCAAUACGGCGGCAAUAAUAGGGCGGGCGUAAUCAAGGGC